AUGGCUCAUAUCGAGAAUUUACAAGGGCUUAUAGCCCAAUCGCUAUUAUUAGCGGCCUUCGCAAUUGUUAGCGCUAUAUUCUGCAGAUGCUUCUAUCGCAUCUACCUCCACCCUCUAUCGUCGGUACCUGGUCCUAAGCUUGCCGCCUGCACUUCGCUAUGGUUAGCAUACCACACCUAUAUUGGCGACGAAUGUACAGUAGUAUAUGAUCUGCACCGCAAAUACGGUGCCGUUUUAAGAGUCGCCCCCAAUGAUGUCGACAUUGCCGAUAAAGAUGCGCUGGAGCCAAUCUACAUUGCUCGCGGCGGUUUCCCCAAGACACCAGCAUAUUCCAAAUUCGACAUCGACGGACACACGACCAUAUUCUCCAGUUUGACUUUACCUGAGCGAGCAACACGAGCCAAAGCUGUAGCGCCCCUUUUCUCUACGGCAUCAAUCCGCAGCUCUCAAGAAGCCUUACGCGAGGUCUUCGACGACUUCGCGAAAAGACUGCAGGCCGAGGCGCGCACAGGUAGGCCAGUAAACGUGCUUAAUGUGACGCGCGCCAUGGCGAUUGACGCCGUGAGUACUUACCUGUUCCACGAGAGGUACGGCGCCAUCACGGAGAAGACAGAGUCAAUGUCGGCAUCGCCGUUUGUGGAUUCAUUCGCUGGAGUAGGUGCCUUCUUUAACAUUGUGCCUGGAAAGAUUGGUGAUUUUGUCAUGGAGGUCAUUGAGCGCUGGAGCACGACCAAGAAUGUAGAGCAGUCCCACGGACUGAUCGACCAGUACACCCGGAGGCUUAUCCAAACAGCGAUACCUAAAAAUGGAAGCUAUCAGAGCCGUCUAUUGGAGAAGUCGACCAUAACACAGUCGCAGAUCGAGCUCAAAGAUGUAUGUUUUGCGGGAACUGAUUCAACUGGAAUGAACACUGCAACGAUCUUAUGGUACCUGGCAAAGCACCCAGAAAUUUAUGAUCGUCUCAGACAGGCAGUUAUGGAGAGUAUCAAUAACGAUGAGGACCCAACCGCGUGCGCGUACUUGCGCGGCGUCGUCCGGGAAGGCCUUCGUCUCUCCUGGGCGAAUCCAAUUCGCUUGCCUCGUGCGGUUCCGGCUGGAGGUUGGAAGUAUCGUGACUACUAUUUUCCGGCUGGUACAAGUGUUGGUGUUGCGGCCUUUCAGCUGCAUCAAGAUAGCAGCGUGUUCCCUGAGCCGCAACAAUUUCACCCUGAACGUUGGGAUAAUGCCGACGACGAGAUGCUCACGGCGUUCUUUGCGUUUGGUAAAGGUACCAGAGCAUGCAUUGCCCAGUCGUUGGCAAUGUAUGAAGUCACCAUGGCCAUCUUCACAGUGGUCAAAGCAGAUGUGCUGCGUGGGGCAUCAAUUGUUGGGGACCGAAUUGAGAUAAAAGAAUGGUUCAAUUCCAAAGUCAAGGGACAGGAGAUUCUGAUACAAUUCGCCAGCAAUUGA